UAUAAACACAGUAUACGUUUAAAAGACAAACUCUUGAUUUAAAUUUAAUAGUUACAUAAAUCAAUAUCGUUUUUAGCUAUAAACGGUGUAUUCAUAUGUAUAUGCAAGGAAAUAUAAAUUUCACCUAGAUAAAGUUAUCACUGAAGUAAAGCUAUCUAUUGAUAAUUCUCAUUAGCCCAUUCAUUUCACUCACCGAGAACCGAUCUAUUGUACACACCUGUUAUAGUUUGUAUUUUAGCAAUGAUGGCGAAUUAUAAAAAACAAUGCGGACCUGGUUACAAAAGCCCGUUAGAUGCAUACAAAAACGGCAAACGAGAAACUAUUCUGUACACAAUCUGCAUCCAACCAAAUCCACAAAUAAAUAACAAACCAGAUUAUUUAGCUACCGUCGACGUGGACCCAGCCAGUUCUACGUAUUGCCAAGUAAUUCACAGGACGAGCAUGGAAAAAUCUGGCGAUGAGAUUCAUCAUUUUGGAUGGAACACUUGCAGUAGUUGUUAUGACGAUUGUACGAAAAGUCGCAAUAAAAUGAUCUUGCCUUCUCUCGGUUCGGACCGCAUUUAUGUUUUGGAUGUCACCGAUGAAAAAGCCCCAAAGUUACACAAAACCAUUGAACCGAGCGAAGUGCAUGGUUUCAACGUAUCUGCUUUACAUACAACACACUGUUUGCCCAACGGUGAUGUAAUGAUUUCAACGAUGGGCGACGCCCAGGGUAACGGGAAAGGUGAUUUUCUUUUGAUCGAUGCCGAAAAAGGAAUAGUCAAAGGCACAUGGACCAACGGUGAAACGGCAAAGUUUGGAUACGACUUCUGGUAUCAGCCGUACUGUGAUGUUUUAGUAUCAUCUGAAUGGGGCACACCUAAAUAUUUUAAAACGGGAUUUCAUCCCGAACAUGUUAACGACAUAGAAAAAUACGGGCGUUCUUUAAACUUUUACUCUUGGUCCGAAAGGAAAUUAAUCCAGACUAUUGAUUUAGGCCAGGACGGUAUAGCACCAUUAGAAAUACGGUUCUUGCACGAUCCUAAAGCAUCCGAAGGGUUUGUCGGCUGUGCCGUGAAUAGUAGCAUUUUUAGAUUUUUUCGAACUUCCGGUGGCACUUGGAAUGCUGAAAAAGUGAUAUACAUACCAAAGAAAACCGUGAAGGAUAUUAAAGGUAUUCGCGUUGACAACUUCGAAGUUUCAGGCAUGAUUACGGAUAUUUUGAUAUCGUUGGAUGACAGGUAUCUAUAUUUUUCAAAUUGGCUGCACGGAGACAUCAGGCAAUACGAUAUUACAAAUACCAGUAAACCACGACUUGUUGGUCAAAUAUUUUUGGGCGGAUUAGUGUUAAAAGACGGACCAUUAGUUGUUAUAGAAGACUCAGAAUUAAAAGAACAACCGGAAACUGUGUUCGUUAAGGAGAGAUGUUUAUAUGGUUCACCUCAAAUGCUCCAGUUGAGUUUAGACGGAAAAAGAAUAUAUGUGACUACUUCUUUGUUUACACCAUGGGAUAAAGAGUUCUACCCAGAAUGUGUCAAACAUGGAUCUACAUUAGUUAAAAUUGACGUGGACACUAUUAAUGGCGGAUUAACCCUCGACCCAAACUUUUUAGUAGAUUUCGGAAAAGAACCCGAUGGUCCAAUAAUGGCACACGAAACACGGUAUCCCGGAGGUGACUGUACGUCAGAUAUUUGGUUAGCUGAAGAUUAGCGAUCCUGCAACAAAUAAUGUAUUGUAUAAUACCCGCAAAUAAUAAUUUCACUAAAAAAAAAACGGAUUAUUUAGUUUACAUAGCAAUGGGCUCUAAUUAGUAUCUUAAUUAUUACGAAAUUGAUUAUACUAUAUUUAGGUAAAAUGUAAUAUACACAUUAAUGCACUUAUCGUUGUUAGUUUUAAA